UCACCUUAAUAAUAAUAAAAGUUUCCGUUUGCAAUCUUAACGACGUUCUGCUUUUUUUGCUGGCUAUAUUUUACGACCUCGUCAAGACCGACAUAUCCGUUUAACGUUACAAAAAAUGCAGAAUAAAAAAAGGCAAUGUGACCGUUACAUAAUCCCAAAUUCAAAAACUACAUCGAAACGAAACCCUCACCCAAAAAAAAAAAAAGAACCGAAAUUCAGAUAGAUGAGAGAAGAAGCUCAACAGCAGGAUCAACUGGCAAUGGCGACAGCAGAAGAGCAACUGCAGCAGCUCCGGUCCAAAGCCACGGAGCUCCUCCUCCGAGAAGAAUGGCAGGAGUCCGUACAAGCAUACUCUCACUUCAUCACCCUCUGCCAAUCCCACAUCUCAAAUUUCCCUCAAAACCCCGACCCCGAUCAUCUGCCCAAGCUCCGAAAAUCCCUCUGCCUUGCCCUCUCCAACCGGGCCGAAGCGCGAUCCAGGCUCCGAGAUUUCGCUGAAGCAUUGAGGGAUUGCGAUCGGGCAUUGGAAAUCGAGAGGGCCCAUUUCAAGACUCUUGUCUGCAAAGGCAAGAUCUUGCUGAAUCUGAACAGGUAUUCCAUGGCGCUGGACUACUUUCGAACAGCUCAGCUCGACCCGCAGGCUAACGGGAGCUCUGUGGACCUCGAUGGGUACUUGCAGAAGUCCAAGAAGCUCGAGCUGAUGUCGAGAACUGGAGCCUUUGAUCUCUCUGAAUGGGUUGUUAACGGGUUUCGUGGGAAGCCUCUGGAACCGGCUGAGUACAUUGGUGCAGUGCAGAUCAAGAAAUCGGAGAUUAGAGGGCGUGGACUGUUUGUGACGAAGAACAUUGACGCCGGAACUUUGGUGCUGGUCACGAAAGCGGUUGCUACAGAGAGAGGAAUUUUUCCUGGUCAAGAUUUGGAUGAGAAUACACAAUUGGUCAUGUGGAAGAACUUCACUGAAAAAGUGAUGCAUUCCGUGGCUAAAUGUUCGAGAAUCCGCAAUUUGAUUAGUACAUUGUCGAGUGGGGAAGAUGAGGAUGAGCUUGAGGUCCCUGAGAUCAAUCGCUUUAAGCCCGAGGCGGAGCACAAUGGCGGCUACCAUAAUGAGAAUGAGCAUGAUGCGAGCAGGAUGUUGAGCAUAUUGGAUGUCAAUUCACUUGUUGAGGAUGCAAUUUCUUCCAAGGUUUUGGGGAAGAACAACGAUUACUACGGUGUUGGGCUGUGGGUGCUGGCUUCAUUCAUCAACCAUUCAUGUGUUCCGAAUGCAAGACGUAUGCAUAUAGGAGAUUAUGUAAUGGUUCAUGCUUCUAGAGAUGUCAAGGCCGGGGAGGAGAUAACAUUUGCAUAUUUUGAUGUGCUUUCGUCGUUGGAAAAGCGCAACGAAGGUAGCAAGACAUGGGGUUUUAGAUGUAACUGCAAGAGGUGCAAGUUUGAGGAGAAACUGUAUUCUAGAGAAGACUUGAGAGAGAUUGAGAUGGGUCUCGAAAGAGGGAUGGAUGCCGGCGCAGCAGUUUACAAGCUGGAGGAAGGCAUGAGGAGGUGGAUGGUGAAGGAAAGGGAGAAAGGGUACUUGAGAGCAUCGUUUUGGGAAGCAUGCUCUCAGGCUUAUGACUCAGAGAAGUCGGCAAAGGGGUGGGCAAGACGCAUACCGCCAAUAGAGACGGUGGUUGAUAGCGUUGUGGAAGCGGUGGGAAGUGACGAGAGGGUGCUGAAGAUGGUGGCGGAGAAGUUGAAGAGACGUGGUGGAGGAAUGGUGGAAAUGGAGAGAGCUAUGAAGUUGGGAAGAGGGGUGUAUGGGAAAGUAGUGAAAAAGCAAGCAAUGAAGACUCUUCUUGGUUUAGGCAUUCUUUAAUUAAAGCUAUUAACUAAUAGCCUAAAUUUUCAAUCUUUAUAUUUUCUUGUAUUAGCAAAUAAUCCACUGAUGAUCUGAUUUCUUGUUCAACCAAUGCAAUUUUUUUAUUUUUCAACAA